AAACGACUCUGCACCUUGGGUUUCGUUCCUAUCCCAAAACGUAAUUUGUGACUAUAAAUAUAAACAAUAUUUGUGUAUCUGAGUAUUUUCAUUUCCAUUUUUUGUCUUUGAAAAGCUAAAUUUAGUCUGAGACUCUGAGAGAGUGAGAGAGCUUCGAGGAUGGCGUUACCCGUGGUUGACACAGAGUACCUGAAGGAGGUCGAUAAGGCUCGUCGCGAUCUCCGUGCGCUCAUCGCCUCCAGAAACUGCGCUCCUAUAAUGCUCCGCUUAGCGUGGCAUGAUGCGGGCACGUAUGAUGUGAACACGAAAACAGGUGGACCAAAUGGGUCGAUCAGGAGUGAGGAAGAGUAUAAACAUGGUUCUAACAAUGGCUUAAAGAAAGCCAUUGAUUGGUGUGAGGAGGUGAAGUCUAGACAUCCAAAGAUUACAUAUGCCGACCUAUACCAGCUUGCUGGUGUUGUUGCAGUUGAGGUCACUGGAGGUCCAACCAUUGACUUUGUUCCUGGCAGAAGGGAUUCAAUUGUUUCUCCUAAGGAAGGGCGACUCCCAGAUGCUAAACAAGGUGCACCUCAUCUCAGGGACAUCUUUUAUCGGAUGGGUCUGUCUGACAAGGAUAUUGUUGCAUUGUCAGGAGGCCACACUCUGGGAAGGGCACAUGCAGAGAGAUCAGGUUUUGAUGGCCCUUGGACCAAAGAACCUCUGAAGUUUGAUAACUCAUACUUUGUGGAACUUUUGAAGGGAGAAUCAGAGGGGCUGUUACAACUUUCAACUGACAAGGCUUUAUUGGAUGAUCCUGAGUUCCGUCCUUAUGUUGAACUGUAUGCAAAGGAUGAGGAUGCAUUCUUUAGAGAUUAUGCAGAGUCACAUAAGAAACUCUCAGAGCUAGGGUUUACUCCAAGGUCCUCUGGUUCCAAGGUAAUUGCAAAGGAUAGCACCGUACUGGUUCAAAGUGCUGUUGGAGUUGCAGUCGCUGCUGCUGUGGUGGUGUUGAGCUACUUCUAUGAAAUUCGUAAAAAAAUGAAGUGAGCAUGGCUUAGUUGAUCUCUCUCAAAUGUCACAAAUAUCAUCCCUAUGAAUCAGUGGCUUUGAAUUCAUUUUUGCAACCAAACUGCUGCAAUAGUUAUUGUACUUAUCUCUACUAAUAACAUGGGCCGGGGCCUUACUAAAAGCUUGGCCACUUUAUGAACUAGUGGAAAGAUACAGUGAACUUUCAGACCAAUUUGAAUUAAAUAUAAAUGGAGGCUGACAUAUGAAUUUUUAUAUUUAGUUA